AAGGAAACCCGAAAACAAACAAAAAAAACGCGAAAGGAGAGGAUGGGAAGGGGGAAGGAGUGUAAGACACGCACCUGUUUCAAGAAGAGAAGAAGACAACAAGUACGCUAGGGAGAUAGCCGCGCGAGAGGCAAAUUAAAGUAGUUAAGCAGUGAACGCUACGCAAAAAACCCGAUAGCGGCAAAGCUAAACUAGGGCUAACGUUUUAAUAUGAGGGAUGGGAAAAGGAAAUGAGAAACCUACCACUACUACUACUACUACUACUACUACUACUACUACUACUACUACUACUACUACUACAACUUUAACUACUACCACUGUUACAAAGGAAGGAAGAAGAAAAGAGGAAGAAAAAACAACCAACAGCUAAACCAAAGGGAACGAAACCAAAAAGUAAAUAAAUAAUCAAUAAUUAAUGACACGGUGAGAUAGACACAAAAGGAUGAAGCAAAGCAGAAACAGACGAAACAAAAAGGAAAACACACAGAAACACAAAUUCAUUUGCAAUUACUACUUCAUAACAAAUUAAACACACAAGCUCAAGAACUUAACAAUCGAAGCAGCAACAUAAAGAAAACAACAACAACAACAACAACAACAGAGAGCAACAUACAGAAAACAACAACAACAGAGAGCAAGCUUAGAGUAAUGGCUGGCAAUAGAAAACCUGCAAGCGUGUAGAAUGAAUGAAGACGAACACACACACACACACCCACACAUACAAACACACGCGCGCGCGCGAAAUACAACGCUCUCUCUCUUUCUCUCCUUCUCUCUCUCUAUGUCUCUCUAUCCCGCUCUCGCGCUCUUUCUCUCUCUCUCUCUCUCUCUCUCUCUAAGGUCUUUGUUAUGGAAAUUAAUCGGCAGCAACUACAAUUACCGAUACGAAGCUGCAAGCUAUAAGAGAGAGAAAGUGAGAGAGAGAGAAUGAGAAAGAGAGAGAGAGCUACAGGGAAAGAUAGUUAUCAGGAGAAGACAAUGCCAAAGGGCAACGCUAGUAAGUCAAAGUCAUACCCAUACAUCCCCCCCCCCCGCCUCCUUUUUUGUCUGACAUUUCUCAUUAAAAAUCUAUUCAGACAUACACGAACGCGAGCCUUCACAUCGCACUGUCACGAUGGCGAACGAUUGUCCGGUAACGUAGGCCACGUAGAGGGCGCAGCAGCAGCGGCAGAUCGAUAGUAGUGUGUAGUGUGCGUCUUAGUGUAUUCCGCGCGUGUGCGCGCGCGCGCUUGUUCGCGAACCAAAGCUGUGUUAGUAAGCUGAUGCGUACUAGGUACUGUUAUAGUGUUAGUUGCACGAUGAGAUAGAACAGGCCCGUCCCUCUUGUUCCAAAUGUCUUCGUUAUCAAGAGAAACCUUGUCCAAAGUCUUCAAACAGCUCUUUAAAUAAUACUCCUACUACUACUACUACUACUACUACUACUACUACUAAAACUAAACAUGAAUCAAGCAGGAAAGGUAGUUCAUACGACAUAUGACACAGACAGACACACUUUCUACACUAAGACAACAGGGGAGGCAAUAAAAAAAAAAACAAAGCAAGCGUCGAUGCCGACGCAAACAUUAGACGACGAACCCAGCACACGCUGGGCUCGUGCUCUCCCUCCCGAAAUGUGUGUAGAUAUUCCUUUCGGUUUCUUUCUUCUGCCACAUCUUACUACGAAUUCUUAUCUAAUAAGCGUUACCGUCCCGCGCUGGGUCGGGCACCCUACGUACGAGCGGGAAAUGGUGCAGUUGAGCGAUCGAAAUACACGCGUACUUAAGCUAAAGGCAAAACCCAAACUGAGGGACAUUUUUGUUUUUGUUAUGCUUGAGUAAGUCAAAGGAGGCAAACAAACAAAAAACAACUUAACUAAAUCUCUUACCUACGUUUUAGCCUUGCGGGCAAAUUAGGCAGAUAACUACACACCUACAGACACAGAGGACGGACAGUGGAAUGGGACAGCGAAGCUUAGGGUGAAGGUGGUAGAUACAGUAUCGUAGACGAUGCGUAACAAGGUAGAAAAGAAACUAGCGAAAGUGAUAGACGAAGAAAGAGAGUAUGAUGGAGAUAUGAGAAAGAGAGAGAGAGAGAGAAAGCGAGAGAAAGGGGAAAGUGAGAGAGAGGAAGAGAAGUGGUGACUAUAAUCUCAGCUAUUUCAACGAAUGGUUGAUGUAUUUCAAUUUCAAUCUCUCUCCCUUUAUCUCUCUCUCUCUCUCUCCCUCUUUCUUUCUCUCUCUCUCUCUCUGUCUCUGUCUCUUUCAGUCUCGAAAUGCUUCAUUGUCCGUAUCUAGCCAGAAACGAAACAAACUAAAUUCUAAAUAAACGUCCUAUACGUCCUCUAAUACCUGACGGGCUCGUGCUGAUCAAUUUUUUUUUUUAUUGUUUUUCAAUGCAGGGAAGGAAAAUGGAAUGAAAUGGAGGAAGAGAAAAUGGUGAAGGAAAGGUCUGCCACGGCUAUUCUUCACACACUAUUUCGCAUUUCGUUUUUGUGCUUCUCCCUCGCUGGGAAAGAGUAGAAGAGAAGUAUUGUUGCGAACUGACUCAACUACAGCUACGCACACAAACUCGCGUGCGUGCGAUGCCAUCCAUCACUAUAUCUUCACUUCUCCCUCUUCUCUCGCUCUUCCUUCCUGCCUUUUCCACUUUCUUACACUCGGUCCCUCGGCAACUCUCUCUCUCUCUCUCUCUUUCUCUCUCGCAAAACAAAGCAACCACAACAGGCAAACAAAAAACACAAACAAAUAAUGAGGAUGUUAUAGGUAGGAGUAAAACUUCAGUAGAAGCUCUUAAUCAGAUUGAUUUACUCUAUCAAAUAUAUUUAAUUUCUUCUUAUCAACUAAAUGGAGAAAGAGUUCACGCAAUGCUCUUUAUAGACUUAAAUCCAGCUGAACCGUGGGAGUGGUAGAGCAGAGGUAGUUGGUAGCAGAGGCUCACGAACAACAAUCGGCAGAAUCGGCAGCACACACACACUAGUGACACUAAAACGAUACAUCAUCAUCAACAUAAAAAAAAAAAAAACAAACUUUAGUAAGCAAGCGGUAAACAGCGAUAAAGCGUUAAGAAAGAAGCAACAAAACACCACGUGAAAACAGUGAAACAUUCAAACCAAACUUUACAAACAUCUACCACAACACCUACAAGUUCACUACAAGACAGGACCUCAGUGUAGAAGAUAAAACAAAACAGCAUAGAAAACGUGCAGAUUAAGAUGUAAAACUGCAGAGAGAAACUAAAAUGGCGUGUGUAAGCUAGCACCGUGUAAAUGACACUAGCAACAAAACCGCAAUCGCUGAAAAGUGGAAAAAGAAAGAAAAAAAAAGGAAAAAAAUAAACUCAAUACCAAAACCUAAAACACAAGGAUGAAAACCACAGGAGACAAACAAACAGAACGAACAAAACAAAAAGAGUAACAAAACACACACACAAGUAACGAAGAGUAGAAUAACAAACAAACACACACACACACACACAAACACAACUGUUAAGGAAAAAGUGCUGCCAUCCCAAUUGUUGCGUCCUUUUUAUUACACACUAAUACACUACGUUACUCGGGCUGACCACUCCGUAAUCUCGUAAAACCGAACGGGCCGGAAAAGCAGUGGAGGAGGUUGUGUUGUAGCGGAGCCGGCACAAAGCCGGACACAUCGACACAUCUCGACUGAGUAAUGGAAACAAAAACCAAACGUCAAACGUUUGCUGUGGUUUAGAUUAGCACCCAUACACAGGGACAUCUCUUUAUCUCUCUUCACCUUACACCUUGUCCCUUAAUGUAACCUGGACUCUUAGUAUCUGUUUAGCUGUCUCGCUCUCUCUCUCUCUUUCUCUCUCUCUCUCUCUCUCUCACUUCAUCUCUCUCUUCACCGCUGUCUCUCUCUCUCUUACACAUAUUGCUUUUUUCCUUUAGUUUCACACUGUAUUUCCGUUUCUCGCUCUUUUGUCUCUUUCUGAUUUUCUAAUGAUUGUCUCUUAUUUUUUAUUUCUGUUUUGCUAUCUCCUCUUUGUGUUGUUAUUUGUUUAUUUUCCUCCUUUAACAAAGGUUCGGUUGAUUUUUUUUUCUCCUCUUGUUUACAUUCAGCUUGGUUUGUCUUUCAUUUUGGUAUUUUUCUGAUUUCGGUUGAGUUUUCUUCCCUUUGUUUUCGGUUCGAUUUUUGAUUGGUAUGAUUUUUUAUAUUGCUUUGAUGAUUUUUAAUAAUUAUUAUAUCACAAAACCUGCAAGUUUGAGUAAACCGGAAUACAGUUUCGCAUUUUUUGCUUAUGAUGACCAUACUUGCAAGAUUGUACAUUCACAACGACUAAAGAUCGUACCAAAAACUCGAAAACCAGCUGACCAAAGGAAUGUGCUGAUGGAGGUUACAAGCGCUACCAGUGCUUCGCUGCGAGCCCGUCGCAGACGCUCAAACCCAGCCAAAUGUCAAUUAAACGCCACAAGCACGGGCAGCUUCCGAUGCAGCCCACUGUACGCCUACCGCUGUGACUUGCUUGCGUGAUCCCUUCUUCGCUUGUUUCACUGUGUUUUAUACUGUCUUGGAACAUUGCUGUUUGUUCGAACACGCUAUCUCGGCUGCAAACUGGACCCGCACUGAACGAUACCGACGCUAAGGCUGUGCCCUAACAUACCGUUUGACCUCACGAACGACCCACAAAACUUAGUCCUAGUACGGUGGUGCGUAAAAGAAAGAGAGAGAGAGAGACAAAGAGAGGUAACUCAAAGCCGUUGAUCAACAUCACCAACAUCAGUUGCACGUGGGCAAGAGAGAAAACACGCCAAAAUCAUCCAAUCCAGAAAGAGUAACAGGAGCAAACAAUAAACAAUAACCAAGAAGUAGUAGCAAACAAACAGCAGCCUAUCACACUGAACAUGCAAACACACCAACACACAAAAAAGUCCCAAAACGCACGCAAAAUUCUAAUAUAAACUAGGGAAAAUUUAGAAAAAAAAACAAACAGUGUAAAGAGAGAGAGAGAGAAAGAGCUUGCGAGUGAGAGAAAAAUGGCGCGAUAGAAACAGAAGAAUAACAAGAAGAAGAAGAAGAAAAAACUAAAUUGUGCAUGAAAACAAUAACACCAAAAACCAAGAAUAAGAAGAUGAGAGAGAGAGAGAGAGAGAGUGAGUGUGUAUGCUAAUAAAACUAAUGAAAACAAAACAGAGCGAAACAGGAGUUAAUAAAAACAACUGCAACAGUGUAACAUUUGCCAAAACUAAAUGAAAAUAAUUCCAUAAAAUGAACAAGAUCUUAAAUAACUGGCAAAACGAGAGAGAGAGAGAGAGAGAGAUAAAGAGAGAAAGAGAGAAGAGCAGAUAAAACAGCUUCACGGUGAAAAAUAAGUAAAAAAGUAAACAUCUUGCAAGCGACGUAGGAAAGGGCAAUAAACAAACAAAUAGAGGAAGAGAUACAGAUAGAGAGAGACAGUGAAAGAGGCAGAUAGACAGCCCCAGAUAAAGACAUACACAAAGCAACAGAGAGGCAAAAAAGGUGUGCGAGUGAGAAAGUGAAAAAUAACCAAAGAAAAAUUGUAAUCUUAACGCGUAUUCAUUACCCAACCAAAACAAAAAAAAUCGAAUAGCAACAGCGAGCUCUCCAGUUAAUGCCGGUAAUAUACGGUAGCGAGCGACGACUCGUUUUUUUUUUUUUUUUUUUUUUUUUUUGCAAACGACACUGAGAUGCAAAACAAACAAAAAAAAAACACACAAGGAAAAUAAAUACUUAUACAUAUACAUUUAUUGGCAGUUGGGCGGCGCCGGCCCGGUAAGAAAAAAAGGGGAACUGUUGCUAUCGUUUUUAACUCUUAGUAGCGCUACACGCCCUAACAUUGUUUGUGCAGAGAGAGAGAGAGAGAGAGAGAGAGAGAGAGAGAACAAGAUCGAGAGACAGAAUGGGAGGGAGAGAAAGGUCGAAAAGGGAAUAAACAUAACGCUAUUAGGCUAGGCUUUUGUGCAACAAGCAAUAGAGAAGGCUCCGGAAAGGGUUGUUUUGAGGAGGGGGGGGGGGGGAGACGAGAGCUAAGCUUGCAUUCAGAAAAAAAAACACACACACACAUACAGACACACAUACACCAAUAUGUAUAUUUAUACAUGUACACACACACACACACACACACACUCAAAAAAGGUCAUCAUACCCCGCCAGCUACAGGUAGCUAUUAAAAAAAAAAAGCAAACCCUGCCCGAAUGAGCACACUGACGAGCGCCCCUUUAGCGAUAGAAAGAAUGAGAAAGAAAGAGAAAAAGAGAGAAAUAUUAAGUAGAAGAAAUCUGCAUUCUUUUAGCAAAAAUUGUGAGCGAGAAAAAAAGAGAGAGACAGAGAGAGAAAGAGAGAGAGAGCGAGUGUGUGUAGAGUAGUGGAGCCAGGCAGCGAGGAGAGGAGGAAUCGUUGUAGAAACAUAAGAUUUACCUUUUUAGAUAGUCCUUUAACAAAGCAAACAAAAAUAAGGUUAAAAAAGAAAGGUCAGCGAAGUGCAAACAAGUAAAAGCUAGCAAAAUCCACCAUUGCCAUUUGCAAAAAAAAAAACAAAACAAAACAAAACAAAACAAAAAAAUACCAAAAAAAAAACUACCAAAACCAAAACCAAAAAUCCGAUUCCGUUCUAGUAGUGGUGCGUGCUCGGUGCGAUAAAUCCGCACCAAGCGAGCGAAAGGCGACAACGGUCAAGGCACAGGCGCAGGCCGAUCCUAUCUCCUAUCUCCUUGCCGCCGUUGUGUUUGCGUUCCACUUUUUCUCUAUUUAAACAUUAAAAAGCAACCAAAAAAAAAACCAAAAACCAAAAACGGCAUACUUUUUAAAUAAACGAAACUCGUGCCACUCUCGCUGGGUUUUUGCGCUGCUUUGCGUUUGCUCCAGGGUCUGGUGUCCAGUGUUCGGGAAUGGGCGAUGGGACGGGGCAGGCAGGCCGGCCAACAACAGAACGUUGGUGGCAAAUCACACACACACACUCACAUACACACACGCCACACGCCACACGUUCAGUAAUCCUUCCCUUUUUACCUUUUUCGAGACGUGCUUGCGCGUAGUGUAACAAAGAUACACAAACACACAAAACAAACAAACAAAACCAACCAAAAUGUCCAAACCAAAGCUAAGACUCAGCUGCGCGCGAGUAAACAUUAAAUCAAACUAAAGCAAACGUUUAAUGAAUAAAAGCAGAAAAGAAAGAAAGAAAGCAACAUAAUAAAGAGUAGCGCAGGGAGAAGAGGGAGCGCCUCCCCCCCCCCUCCCUCCCCCCUUUUUCUAGCAUGUAAGUUUGUCGCCACAUCCGCUUCUGUUAGUUAGUCCUAACGUGUAGAAAACAAGAGACGAUAAAAUCAAGCUAGGUGUAAGGAUGCACGGGGAAAGGAGACGACAGCGAAAUGCGAGGAAGCGGUAGCAAGCCGCGUAGUAGAGAGCGUGGAAACGCAUCAACACACACACACAUACAACACACACUUCCACAGGCAGUACACGCAAGAAGAAGAAAAAAAAACCGGUACACGGACGCCCCUCUCCCCUUAAACAAGCACCGACGUUCGUUCUGACUGGUCCGAGCCCGAGUCAUCAGCCAAUCUAGUUAAUAUGUCACCUAAUAUAAAAUAAUUAAAAACAAAAAAGAUUUAAAAAAAACACACACACAACAUACACACACACACAUAUAUACACAAGAGAGCCAUUAUCCAUAACUUCUUUCCUUGCUUCCUUAAACGUUUUUUCUUAGAGUGCAAUGCCGGCUUGUAGAAACAGCAAAACUAACAAAGCAAACGUGAACAGGGAGAACCACCAUUCACUCGUGCAGCAGCAGCAGCAGCA